GACGGCGGGUGCCAACACCUCAGUUACUGCUUUAUUCUUGAGAAUCCUUUCAUCUGUCCUCAUGGAUGAACUCCAGGAUGUUCAACUCACAGAGAUCAAACCACUUCUAAAUGAUAAGAAUGGUACACGAAACUUCCAGGACUUUGACUGUCAGGAACAUGACGUAGAAACAACCCAUGGUGUGGUCCAUGUCACUAUAAGAGGCCUCCCAAAGGGAAACAGACCGGUUAUUCUAACAUACCAUGACAUUGGCCUGAAUCAUAAAUCCUGUUUCAAUGCCUUCUUUAACUUUGAGGAUAUGCGGGAGAUCACUCAGCACUUUGCUGUGUGUCACGUGGAUGCCCCAGGCCAGCAGGAAGGCGCGCCCUCUUUCCCAACGGGGUACCAGUACCCCACAAUGGAUGAGCUGGCUGAAAUGCUGCCUCCUGUUCUUACCCACUUGAGUCUGAAAAGCAUCAUUGGAGUUGGAGUUGGAGCAGGAGCUUACAUCCUCAGCAAAUUUGCACUCAAUCAUCCGGAGCUUGUGGAAGGCCUUCUGCUCAUUAAUGUUGACCCUUGUGCUAAAGGUUGGAUUGACUGGGCAGCUUCCAAACUCUCAGGCUUGACAACCAAUGUUGUAGACAUUAUUUUGGCUCAUCACUUUGGGCAGGAAGAGUUGCAGGCCAACCUGGACCUGAUUCAAACCUACAGACUACAUAUUGCCCAAGAUAUCAACCAAGAAAACCUACAGCUCUUCCUGGGUUCCUAUAAUGGACGCAGAGACCUGGAGAUUGAAAGACCCGUGCUGGGCCAAAAUGAUAAUAGAUCAAAGACAUUAAAGUGUUCUACUUUGUUGGUGGUAGGAGACAAUUCACCUGCUGUUGAAGCUGUGGUUGAAUGCAAUUCUCGCCUGAAUCCUAUAAAUACAACUUUGCUAAAGAUGGCAGACUGUGGUGGACUGCCCCAAGUAGUUCAGCCCGGGAAGCUUACUGAGGCCUUCAAGUACUUUUUGCAGGGGAUGGGCUACAUCCCGUAUGUGCAGCUCAGUCACCUGAGCACCGAGUCAGUACCAUCUGCCAGCAUGACUCGGCUCGCCCGAUCACGAACCCACUCAACCUCAAGUAGCAUCGGCUCUGGAGAAAGUACCUUCAGCCGAUCUGUCACCAGCAAUCAGUCAGAUGGAACUCAAGAAUCCUCUGAGUCCCCUGAUGUUCUGGACAGACACCAGACCAUGGAGGUGUCCUGCUAAGCAAAUGCUCUUCCCCUGGACCAUGCAAGUCCAUCCUCCUUCAAAUGACCACUCCAUAAUAUAACAUUUCAUCCAGCAAACUGGCAUCUAUCUUUAACUCCUGCAUGGUCACUGACUCUCUCUCUGGUAUCCUGGAUUUGUCAUUCUAUCUGCCUGCCCACCCUUUUUUUGUAUAUACCAAGAACCACUUCCAUGUCAUUACUGUAACAUUCCAGCAUCUUUGAUCAAACCUCCAUAUCUUCUCUUGCCAGCUUUCCCGUGCUUUCCUAACUAUGUAUCUGAUAAGAUUCUUUGAUCUUGACGUAUGUGUGUGAGCACGCGUGUCUGUGUUUGUGUGUGCUUAGUUCUGUGAUUUUAGACAUGCUUUCUUGUAGAGCUUCUGCAAAAAACAAAGGGAUUUUUUUUUUUCAUUUUCAAAGGUUUUUUAGGGGAAAUAUGCAGAACAGAUUUGUAGGUUGGAUAGGCCACUGCAUUCUCUUUUGGUUCCUGAUUGGUCAACAAGAUUUGCAUAGUGACUUUAGGAGAGUAGCUCUGAGGAAUGUGGAAGAUCACAAUUACUGUCUGGACUAUUGAUGGAUUGUGACCAAUAGAACGGAGCCUGUCACAUAAAGAGGCAGACAGGGUGGCCAGCCACUUCCUUCUGUCCAAAUGAAUUCACAAAUACUGUCCUAUAAGUAAGAGGGAGGGGCAUAUUUUAGUAGAAGCCCAUGAAUGAUUAGGUUCUUAUGCAACAAGGAGUUUUUCCCAAGCAGUAAAUGUGGCUUAAUAACUGGGCUGUCUUAGCACAGGAAGGUGGAAAACAAAAUGUCAGGCUUCCGCUCUGCAGGAGCAAGGCUGCUGUCGAGCGUUGUCUGAUGCCACUUAGCAGGCAGCUGCAAGAAGUGCCUCCCAGGUCUGUGAUGGAGAGUGUUUCUCCAUCCCACAAUCUCAGAAAAGGGAGAAGUAUGAUUUAAAAGUUAGGUAGAUGGUGAGGAAAUGGCUGAGGGGAGAAGAAGACAUUAACAGAGUAUUAUGUUUAACGUACAUAGCCUAGAUUUCAUCAGACUUAAAGGAAGCUAAACAAAACUGAUAUGAAGCCCAUUUCUUAGAUUGUUAAUCCUGUGAACUCUCUUCUGUAGGAGGGAAGGGGCCAGUCCUCAAGGGCAGCCUGAUCAGGGAAAAUUGUGCUUAGUUUACUGCUAUGAGGGGAUCACAGCCAGAGAGUAUCGCUGCGGGGAGCUGAAACCAACUGCCACUCAGCGAGGGCCCAGCUCUUCAAGGCAUCGAGGUGUAAGCUCAGGUAAUACAGUUCCAACUCUGAGGAAGGAGCUUUUCAGAUAUAGUGUUCGCUUUCUGCUGAGAUAGGGAAUGCGUCACUCUGCCAGAAUACAACUUUUUACAGAUUAUUAAAUAAAGCUGUAUAUGUCUCAUUG